CCUUUCCUCUCCACGCGCUGGGACGGAUUUACGCACACAGAAGCAGGGGCUUGGAGAACGAGUAGGAUGCUGAAAAUCUCUCCUCCCAACUGCCGCUCUUUGUCCUGCUCUCCAUGACCUGAGGGUGCAUGCACAGCCGGAGGAACUGACCAAUCAGAGAGAGCGAGAGGCCAAGGAAAGAAAGGCGGGACACACUCUGUUCUCGUAGGGGUGUUUUUGUUCUUUUCUUUUCUUUUCUUUUUUUAAUUUUUUCUUGCCAAGAUGGCGGCGACAGACACCAGUACAGCACCGGCAGUCCAGGAAGAUGGAAACGCCGUGGAAACCAAGGCAACAGUGGAUCAGACGGCCAGCGCCAACUCAGAGACUGUCAAUAGCGAGGUAGCAGAUACAGAUGGCGCAGCCGUCAACAGUGAGGCAGUUGACAACAAAGAGACUGUGAAUAAUGACACCUCGGCGGCGGAGGUGGGAGACGCCGAAGAGGGGGGAGGAGGAGGAGGAGGAGAAGGGGGUGAGGCAGCACCUGCUCAGGGCUCAGAAGGCGCCUCCACCGAGCCCAAGACCUCCUUCCUGGACUCCUUCCUCAACAAGAGCGGUUUGGGGAAAGUGAUAGGUGGGAAGAAGAAGAAGGAGCAAAGUGUGGCAGGAGCCGCUGUGGAGGAGAAUGCUGUGGCAGAGGGUGGGGAGAAGGAAGGAGAGAAAGGAGGCGAUGAGAUGGUGGCAGGAGGUGCUGAGGCAGGUGCAGCAGAGGGAGAAGGGGCGAUAGAGAAAGCCCCAGAAAAUGGAGAGAAGGAGGAGGAGGCAGAGGAGAAGAAGACAGAGAAGGCCAAACAGGGGGAGGCGAAAUCGACGGUGCGCGACCUCAUCAGGAAGCCGGUGGCACGGAUCUUCUCCCACCGCAGCACCGACAAGAAGGAUGCGGGUGCCGCUGAGCCGAAACCACUUAAAGUCCGCUCAAAGUCUCUAGACCGCCUGGAGGACGCGGAGGCGCUCAACGUCACCAUCGAGGAGGGCGCCACUGCAGGGGAGGGAGGUGCAGAAGUGGAGCAGAAAGCCUCGUCGUCCUCCUCCAAGCAUAUGAAACGCUGGCACUCCUUCAAAAAGCUCAUGGCCCAGAAGACACACAAGAGGAGUGGCCCAGGAGGCGAGGAGGGUGCCGAGGCCGGGGAGGCAGGGGGUGGAGGCGACUCCUCUACACUCGACUCCAAGGGAUCGGGGCAGAAACGGUGGAAGCUGAAGCGCUCCUGGACCUUCCAGGGCCUGAAGAGAGACCCAUCAGUGGUCGGCAUCAGCGGUAAGGCCAAGGGCUCCGAGAAGGAGUCCUCUGAGCCACUGAAAACGGAAGAGGAGGCGGUGGUGGUGGCAGCAGGAGGAGAAGCAGCAGCAGAUGAGGGUGAGGAGGGCAAACAGGAGGGAGGAGGAGAAGAUGACGUUAAGAUAGAGGGAGGAGAGGAGAAGGAGAAGAUCGAGGGUGGCGAGGAGGAGAAAGGAGCUGCUGCUGCUGCUGCUGCUGCUGCUGUGGGAAGUGGGACGGUAACGCAGCAUGCCAAUGAGAUCUGGACCUCCUUCAAGAAGCGCGUCAUCCCAAAGUCUAAACGUGCCAACACGGAGUGUGCCCCCACCGGGGAGGAAGACGCAACUGCAGCACCGGCCUCAGGCGAGGAGACAGCAGCAGAGGAGAGUAAGGAAGGCAAGAUGGCCAAGGCCAAACGCUCGCACUUCGGCCGGGCCGUGUCCCUGAAAAAUUUCAUCCUGCGCAAGGGCAAGUCAACCAGUGUCGACCUGGGAGAGGGAGCCAAGGAGGAGGAGGAGGCAGAGGGGGAGGGAGGUGCAGCAGAGGGAGGUGAUCAGGAUGGCGACGCUGCCAAUGCUGCUUCAGCCACGGCAACGGCGGAGACCAACGACAAAGAUGCGCCUGAGGAAACGCCGGCAGGCGAGAGUGGAGGGGAGGCGGGCAAAGAUGCUCCACCGGCCGAGGCGCCACCCACCGCAGCCCCCGUAACCAACGGAGAAAAUGGCUGUUCAAAUGGCACGGAGGAGGAGAACACCACACACAAUCACCAGGAGGAGGAGGAGGAGGAGGAGGAGAAAACAGCAGGUAGCAGCCCUGUGAAGAAAAGCAAGGAGGCGGGUGGAGGAAAUGAGGACGCCACCGCUAAGAUCAUCAACGACACGGCAGCCGUGAACAGCGACAAAAAGGCGGGAAACGUGUGAGGCAACACAAAGAGGAUUAGAACUGCCCGGGAUUCGCUGAGCAAGGAGCUCUGAGCCCCGCCCUCUAACUCCUCCUCCUCCCACCACCCCUCCUCCUCCUCCCCUACUUCCCAAUAAAGGAGUAAUCCCGUGUUAACGCCACUAUUCACCAUGGUGAGAGAUGCAAUCCAUGUAGAUGAGAGGAAACAAAGUAGAAAUUACUCAGAAAGCAAUAAUUCAGUCACCUGUUGUUCCUACGGCACAUUCUGGCCGGCCCUCCCUCCCUCCCUCCCCCCCUCCACCCGCUCAUCCACCCCUCCAUCAUGUGCAUCUGAUGUUUUUAUUUCUAAUUUGCUUGUCUUUGUGAGAUUUUGUAUUGUUUAAGAGAGGGGAGGGGGGAAAUAAUGCAGAAAUGUGAAGAAAAAAAAAAAGAAAAACGAGACAUUCCACCAUUUUACCAAACGAGACGUCCGCCGCUCUUCUCUCCGGCCACGCCGACCUCUGACCCGGGGGAUUUAAAGAUGGAAUAAACGAAGGAAAAGAAAAAAAAAAUAACAGACUGUUAGUUUUGUAUUAACGGCCAUUUUGGUUUGUAGUCCCCCCCCCUGCCCCCCCCAUUCCCCCCCAUCCCCCUCCCAGUAGAUGUGUGAUCAAGUACA